UCAUUAUACAGCCCGCAGUGAGCACAGCGGUGGGGGAGCUGCUGCAUCAGGACCGCCGAGCCUCACCUAGACACUGACCCUCACAGGCUUUCGUCAAAGAUGGAACACGCAUAGCUGAGAACCAGUUUCUGCUUAAUUACGGAGUGUUACACAGGUAGCCUGGAGCGGAGGAGACCAGAAUGAUGUCCUCUUACUAUCACCCUGCUAAGGAAGCAGACAUGGCGGCCAUGACAGAGCCGCUUUGCCUGGAGAGAGGAACGCGAAGAAAGAGGAAGCAAGGAAAUAGCAAUGGGACGUCCCUUCCUCGGAGAGUCACGUGAAGCGACGUCCGUUUUUGAUGAUGCUGAUGUGUGCAGGGUGAUCGAGCUGCUGGACCGUCUGCAGCGGAGUGGAGAACUGCCUCCUCCCAAACUGCAGGCCCUCCAGAGAGUCCUGCAGAGCAAAUUCUGUGCAGCCAUCAGAGAGGUAUAUGAGCAGCUCUAUGACACUCUGGACAUUGUUGGAGGACCAGAGGUGCGAGCACAGGCAACUGCCAAGGCCACAGUGGCAGCUUUUGCAGCCAGUGAGGGCCACGCCCACCCAAGGGUGGUUGAGCUGCCCAAGACAGAAGAAGGUCUGGGCUUUAACAUCAUGGGGGGCAAAGAGCAGAACUCCCCCAUCUACAUCUCCAGAGUGAUCCCUGGGGGGGUGGCCGAUCGCCAGGGAGGGCUUAAGAGAGGAGACCAGCUACUGUCCGUCAACGGAGUGAGUGUUGAAGGGGAGCACCAUGAGAAGGCUGUGGAGCUGCUGAAGGCGGCGCAGGGCUCAGUGAAGCUGGUUGUCCGCUACACCCCCAAGGUCCUGGAGGAAAUGGAGGCUCGCUUUGAGAAGAUGAGAAGCGCACGCAGACGACAGCAGCACACUAGCUACUCAUCUCUGGAGUCCAGGGGUUAGAAAACUCAGUCCUCCAUCGUCUUCAUCGUCCUACCCCCUGACUCUUCUGUUUUAGUGGGAGGCAAGACUGUAGAUGAGAAGCAAAUACAAAAAUAGCCUACUAACACCUGGUACCUUCUUUAUGAAGCCAACGCUGCAGUUUAGGAUUUUCUUCUCUCCUUCUCUGCCUACUCAUAAGAGAAAUGCUGAAUGAGCUUGUUGUCAACCCAUGCCUAGAAUUGUAUUUUUUCCAGUGUAAAAUUACCACAGCAUGAUAUUACAUAUAAUACAUUUUCAUAAGUGUGUGGCAUACUACAACCUUGUGUUCUAAAUUCCCCCCCCUUUUUUUGUUUGUCAUGUACAAUACGAAGCCCAGCACUCUAAGCAGUGUGCAGUUAGAGCUCAGUAGCAGAGGAAAUGGUGGAAGCCGACACACAGCCUUCACUUCCAUUUAUCCUGUCCCAUUAUAAUCAUGAAGAACAACAACCCUGGAAUCACUGUAAAGUGUCACUAAAUCAAAGUUUUGAGAUUUAUUUUAUAAUAAUUUAUUUGUGUAUUCAUUGAUUUUCAUAAUUAUCAAUGAAAUAAAGUCUGUGUAAAGUAAA